AUGCACUUCAACAACUAUGUCGAUCACCGUGAGACGCAACCAUUUGACGACAUUGUGCUAUACUCGGGAUGGUUAGCUUGCAGAUCACGUCUCACUGCUCCUCAUCUUCCCGAGCGCAUGAUGCGGAAGUUCGGAUACACUCAAACCAUUCUCAGACAUUCUGUUGUCUCUGAUCCUCCUGCUUUGACAUAUAGACAAAUAUAUGCCAUGUUUAAUCAUUAUGAGAGUUAUUUGGUACCAGACGAGACACAAAGUACCGUAGCUGAUAGCGACUCGAGCUACGCCAAUGGGUACAUCAGAUGGUUCUUCAUGGUGUCACAUCUGUAUAUGGUGCAUGAUGCUCUAGGAGAUCCACUAAGGCCAGCUCAUCAUGAGAUACUAGAGGAGAAGCAUGCACAGUUAGAUCAUGCUAAGGAUGUCUUACCUAGAUGUCAUCACAUAUUGGAGAUUGCGCAUGCAGACAUUGAAAAAGGUAUCUUCCUUUAUGGGUAUGAUGUGAGGCAGGUCCUAGAUACCAUCAUGGUGAAGACACGAGAGACAUUGAUGUACCAGAGGCAAUAUCGAAGGAAGGGGGUAUUGAAGGUCGAGGAUUCAGAGGAGGCGUAG